CCUAUUAUUGCAUAAAGCGGGCAGUGUACGGAGACCGAGAAGUAGGGUUUGCUUUCUCGUUGAUUUCCAUUCGUUCGAUUUGCCUCUCAGCUCUCUUCUUCUUCGUCUUCUUCUUCCUACUACAGAGACAAUGAAUGUCGAGAAGCUUAGGAAGAUGGCUGGUGCUGUUCGCACUGGUGGGAAGGGUAGCAUGAGGAGGAAGAAGAAGGCUGUUCACAAGACAACCACUACAGAUGACAAAAGACUUCAAAGCACGCUUAAGAGAAUAGGUGUGAAUGCCAUACCGGCAAUUGAGGAAGUCAAUAUAUUUAAGGAUGACAUAGUUAUCCAGUUUGCAAAUCCCAAAGUUCAAGCUUCUAUUGCUGCCAAUACUUGGGUUGUCAGUGGCUCUCCUCAAACGAAGAAGUUGCAAGAUAUUCUUCCUGGAAUUAUUAACCAAUUAGGGCCCGAUAACAUGGACAACUUAAGGAAGCUGGCGGAGCAGUUGCAGAAGCAGUCACCUGGUGCCGGCGAGGGUGCUGAUGCAACCGCGGCCCAGGACGAUGAUGACGAGGUCCCAGAACUUGUGCCUGGUGAGACCUUCGAAGCAGCCGCAGAAGAAGGCGGCCAUGCUUCUUAGAGACACUUACAUAUAUAAACUUAUGCAAUUUCUCUGUGUUCCUUUGUUUCCGGUAAGAUCUGCUUUGUUUUUGUAGUUGACAUGUUCCAUUUGGUUAUCUGGAAGCUAGUUUGAUAUUUUU